CUUAGCGGCUGGGCGGAGAGAGGAGGAGCGGCUGCUGUUGCUGCUGCUGCUGCUACUGCCAGAGACGGAGCAAGAGGCAUCAGCGCGCAGCAGAACGGCCGAGCGGAGCCCACUGAGCCAGAGCCCAGCCCAGCCCAGCCCUCGCCUGCCCACGGAGCCAGAGGCCGGCCAGCCAGCCAGCCAGCGGGGGGCACGGGGGUUUCCCGGGCGUGGGGAUGAGGAGGAUGGACGGCGACGCGCGCCCCGGGCUGCUCCAGUGAGGACGACGCAGCCGCGCGCCUUGGGGAGCCCGCCGGGGAUGGCCGCGCCGGCCGAGGCGGAGAGCAGCCAGCCCCUCGCUCCGGCCCCCGCGCCGCCGCCGCCGCCCGAGAAGAAGAAGCUGCAGCGGGCGCCGUCCCCGGCCAGACCCAAAGACGUGCCCGGCUGGUCGCUGGCCAAGAGCCGGCGCGGAAACCACCCGGGCUCGCCCGUCGCCUUCUCCGGCAAGCCGGGCGCCGCGGUCGCGCACUCGCGCCGGCUCGGGGGCCCCAAGGAUGGCCGCGGCGACAGGAAGGGCAAGGCCGGGCCGUCGGUGGGAGCGCGGGGCUCCGGGAAGGGCGCGGCCGGGCGGCCGGGGGCCCGGAUCAAGGCGCGGGGCCGCCUGGCCGCGGCCGGCGAGGGAGCAGCCGCGGCCGCCGGUGGCUCCUCUUCGACGCGGUCCCGGCUGCCGCCCGCGCUCAGCCUGACCGACAGCAGCUCGGAGGGGUCGGACUGCAGCGCCUCCGAGGGGGCCAAGCUGCUGGCGCUGCUGGAGCUGGGCGGCCUGAGCGGCAGCGACACCGAGUCGCCCCCCAGCAGCAGCGCCCCUCCGGCCCAGCCCGCCAGCGCCGCCUCCGCCGAGUCCCCGCUGCCUCCCGACGACCCCUCCACGGCCGCCUCGGUGGCCAGCAGCCGCCUGCCGCUCAGCACCUCGCUGGCCUUCUCCGACCUCACCGAGGAGCUGCUGGACGCCGGCGUCGCCCGGGAACUGGAGGAGCUGCGCUCGGAGAACGACUAUCUCAAGGAUGAGAUUGAGGAGCUACGUGCUGAAAUGCUGGAGAUGAGAGACGUCUACAUGGAGGAAGAUGUCUACCAGCUACAGGAACUCCGGCAGCAGCUGGACCAAGCCAGUAAGACGUGCCGUAUCUUGCAGUACCGCUUGCGUAAGGCGGAACGACGCAGUCUCCGUGUGGCACAGACUGGCCAAGUAGAUGGAGAACUCAUCCAUAGCCUUGAACAAGAUGUCAAAGUAGCCAAAGAUGUCUCUGUGCGGCUACAUAAUGAGCUGGAAGCUGUGGAGAAAAAGAGGAUUAAGCUGGAGGAAGAGAAUGAGGAUUUGCGCCAGCGGCUCAUUGAGAGUGAGUUGGCUAAGCAGGUGCUGCAGAAUGAGAUGGACAAACUACGGGAGAAUUCUUUGAAGAAAAGAGGAUCGCGUUCUCUUGGGAAAGCAGACAAAAAAUCAUCUGCCCAGGAGGACAGUGCAGACCUCAAGUGUCAAUUGCAUUUUGCUAAGGAGGAAUCUGCUCUAAUGUGCAAAAAACUGACAAAGCUAGCCAAAGACAAUGACAGCAUGAAGGAGGAACUAAUGAAGUAUCGGUCCUUGUAUGGGGACUUGGAGAGUUCCCUCUCUAUAGAGGAGCUGGCUGACUCCCCUCAUUCCAGAGAGGCAGAGCUGAAGGUCCACCUGAAGCUUGUUGAAGAAGAAGCUAAUAUCUUGAGCCGGAGGAUAGUGGAGCUUGAGGUUGAAAACCGAGGGCUGAGGGCAGAAAUGGAUGACAUGAAAGUUCAAGGAGACAAAGAUCUAUUGGGACAAGACAUCCGGUUUGCCUUCUCCCUGACAAACUGUGGGGACUCAGGGGAGAGUAUAGCGGAGCUCAGGAGGCAUUUACAAUUUGUGGAGGAGGAGGCAGAGCUGCUAAGGCGGUCGCUGAUGGAACUGGAGGAGCAAAACAAACUCCUCAUGAACGAGCUCAAUAAGUACAAGUCAGACCAUGACCUGGACAUCACCCUCUCUGAGGACAGCUGUUCAGUGAUCAGUGAGACCUCUCAAGAAGAGCUGGCCACUGCCAAGGUCCAAAUCGGUGAGCUGAGUGGCAAGGUCAAGAAGCUGCAGUAUGAGAACCGAGUGCUGCUCUCUAAUCUGCAGCGCUGUGACCUUGCCUCAUGCCAGACCACCCGGCCCAUGCUGGAGACCGAUGCUGAGGCUGGGGACUCUGCCCAGUGCGUUCCAACGUCCCUUUGGAGAGAGGUGCCAGUUGGGGGAGAGAAUGACACUAAGGAGAGAGCACCUGGAAAUGGCCUUAGCAAUACUAGCAAAUCUCACGAAACCAGCCCUAGCAGGCUUUUCCAAUCCAAGGACUUUGAGACCCUCCUUGACAUCAGGGACCAGGCUGCUCUGGUCAGCAAAGCCAUCGAUGUCCUGAUCUCAGAUGCCAACGGUUUCACCUCCAGCCUAAAGCUCUGCAUGGACAACGACUGUGCAGAGCUGGUGCUGAGUGAGGCCAUGGAUAACGAGAGCACCACAGAUUCGAAGCUGAUCAGUGCCAUUUUGAUGCGGCUUGGGGUCCUUCAACAGGAGUUGAACAGCUUCAUGAAGAAGGUGGACCACGUUGGUGAUUGUGUGAAAGACCAGAAAGACUCAUUGCCAAGUUCUAGCUCCCAGAAUGCCAUGAAAGAGGCUUUGCGGAAAGAGCAAAACUCUGAAUUCCAGCAGUCUGACUUUAGGGAGGCCUCAGACUGGGACGUCGGGGAGAGCAGGCCCUCUGACCUCUACCGCAGCAGUAGCAACAGCACCACCAUUGAUACAAGUGCCAGUGUGGAUCUUGACCGAAGUUACAAGUCAUACCAGCCAGAGGAGAAAGACUCUUAUGCAUCUGAGAUCAAGGAGUUGCAGCUGGUUCUUUCGGAGGCCAAUGAGAGCUUGAGGGGCCUGCAGGAACAGCUCUCCCAGGAGAGACAACUGAGGAAGGAGGAAGCAGAGAAUUUCACCCAGAAAAUCUGCCAGCUGAAGGAAGAUCACCAGAAGGCCCUCCUGAGGCGGGAAUUUGAGCAGCAGAGUCUGAACCUUCAGAGGAGGCUGGAGCAAAAAUUCUGGAGCCAAGAGAAAAACCUUCUGGUGCAGGAAUCCCAGCAGUUCAAGCAAAAUUUCUUGCUCCUUUUCAUGAAGCUCAAGUGGUUCCUGAAACGUUGGAGACAGGGCAAGAUUCUGCAGAAUGAAGGCAAUGACUUCUUAGAGGUGAACAGCAUGAAAGAACUGUACCUGCUGAUAGAAGAGGAGGAACUGAACCCCCAGCAGCAAGCAGAUAACAAGACGUGUGCUGGAGAACUCUGGUCUCAGAACGCGCAGCCCAAUGAGUACGUCAAGACCCUGUCAGACAUGAAGGUGAUCUUAAAGGAACUGUGCACAGAGCUGCGUGAAGAGAGGAGAGGCAUGAACGAACUGCAGCAACAGUUUGUCAAGGCCAAGGCAACCUGGGAGAUGGAGAGGACUGAGCUCAAAUGUCUCAUCACACAGCUGGAAUCCAAGGGUGGGAAAGGCCUGACGGAUCGAGCCCUCCCUGACUGGAAAGCAGCUCUGAAGCGGGAGCGGGAAGAGCACCAGCACCUCCUGGCUGAGUCCUACAGUGCUGUCAUGGACCUGACCAAACAGCUGCAAAUCAGUGAGAAGAACUGGGACCAGGAGAAGCUGGAGCUCUUGGGCCACUUCAAGAUUGAGCAACAAGCAGCAGAACAGGAAGUGAGGGAGCUGCAGAACAAACUGAACCAGCUGCAGAAAGGAGCUGACCGAUGGGCUUUGAAAAAUUCAGAGAUGGAAAACCAUGGCGCUAGCUGGAAAGAGACACUCAAUGAGAAGAUAACUGACAAAGAAACUGUUUCUGAAACAGACAUCAAAGGAAGUAAUCUAAAAAGGACAAAGUCAGUUUCCUCAAUGUCUGAAUUUGAAAGUUUGCUCGACUGUUCACCUUACCUUUCUGGCAAGACCAGCCCUGUGGUCACAGAUAAUACCAACAUCAAAAAAGGGUCUUCACCUGCUCAGAUGGUGACUGACACAUUAAAUGACACUGUAGGGGUCGCCCCCAAGAACUGUGCUUAUGUGAAUAGUGAGCAACCCACAUCUGAGAACCAGGCCACAGAGGACCUGGCCGCCUCAUCAUGUGACUGCACCAAGGCCGACAUCUUGUCCGUGCAGGAUCAGUCCCAGAAACAAAUACAGAGGAGCCACACAGCCCCAGACAAGACUGGGAUCCGUAUUUACUAUAGCCCCCCAGUGGUGAGGAGGUUGGAAACGCCUCUGGUGCACAACAGAGAGAGGAAAAUCAUGGUUGAGCCUGGCUUCUUAUUCACAAUGGCUAAACCCAAGGAGGAGUCAGACAACUCAGAAAACAUGUACAGCAGAUGGCUGUGCAACUUCUCCAAGCAACAUCGUGAGCUGCUUGAUGGUGGUACUGUUAGCAAGAAAACUGUGGCUCCUGUCCCCAGAUUUCCAUCCUCCCUGCAUGACCUGGAGAUCUCUGGAAACAUGAGUGAUGACAUGAAGGAGAUCACCAAUUGUGUCCGUCAAGCUAUCCGUUCCAGCUCUCUGGAGAGAAAGGUGAAGAGCACUUCCAGCCAGACAGUGGGACUGACCAGCGUCGGCACUCAGACCAUCCAGACUGUCAGCAUUGGUCUACAAACAGACAUGCCCAGAGGCAGCAUCCACAGCAGCAAAAGCUGGUCCCCUCGAAGCUCUUCACUCAUGUCUAUGCGCAGCAAGCAGAUUUCCUCAUCUCUGGACAAAGUCCAUUCCAGGAUUGAACGGCCCUGUUGCUCCCCCAAGUAUGGCUCCCCCAAACUCCAGAGAAGAUCAUCUUCUAAGCUGGACAACUCUAAGGAUCGAAGCCUGUGGAACCUCCACCAGAGUAAGCAAAAUGGGUCCGCUUGGGCUCGGUCCACGACCACCAGAGAUAGUCCAGUCCUCAGCAAUAUUAACGAUGGCCUGUCCAGCUUGUUCAAUGUUGUGGAGCAUUCUGGGAGUACCGAAUCCAUCUGGAAGCCAGGGUGCCAGGAAAGCAAAGCCAAGCCAGAGGCACCCAAAUACGGAAUAGUGCAGGAGUUCUUCCGGAAUGUGUGUGGCAGAACUCAGAGCCCCACUUUCGUUCCUGAGAAGAAGGAUCCCACAGGAGUAGAAAGCAGCAGCAAGAAGCCAGAUCACCCAUCUUUAGCUGUGCCCCAGCAGUCUGAAACCACCCCCAAGACCCUUGACAAAAAACCCUUAAAGCAAGGUUGCAUUGAGGAACCAAAGCUGUCCACCUUGAGCCAAGGAGGCAAGGACAGAGCCUUAAGGGAGCCAGACAUCAUCUCUGCUACUAUUGCCAAUGAGGAUGUUGCCUGUGACUGCAGCUCCCAGUCGCUGACCUCUUGUUUUGCUCGGCCCUCGCGCUCAGCUGUCCGCCACUCUCCUUCCAAGUGCAAGUUGCACCCCAGUGACAGCAGCCGGGCGGAGGAGAGGGCAGGGCCGCUGAGUGAGUGAAAGGGGCUGUGCUGGCUGCUGUGCUGAUGGAAGAGCAACUCCUCCCUGAACCUGCCGGUCCCUUUGGCAACUCGAGGACCAGCCACAGCAGAGAUCCUGAGGGGCUCCACCCUUAGAUGCUCAGAGCAGUAACGCACAGCUCCUGUCUGUCCUUAGCAGGGGUUCUUGUGAACACAGAAGCUGUGCUAUAGAGCCAGGGGACAGAGUGGGAGUUUUGCUGGGAUGGGGUGGUUUUGUGUUCCUGGAAAACCUUCAGCCACACUCUACAGGAGAGGGGCAUUGCUGGAGUUUAAUGAAACACUCUGUGCCGUUUCUAUGGCACACAGUGGGCAUAUGUGGUAUUGAGUGUGGCAGCUUUCUCCCGUGGUCACCAGUUUGAGGAGAUUCAUUCCCUUUCCCAUGAAACAGGCAUCAGUGAGAGGGGCCAAGAGUAUUUUGGAAAGCAUCAAAGAAGCUGCCUUGGUCUAAAGGAAGGGGAAACAGUUCUUUACAAACAGUGCAGAACUGGUUUUGAGGGCUCUUCUCUUUUAGAAGUUUCCUGAGAACAGCUGUAUGAUAAAAGAAUCCCCACAGAAUGAGGCUCUUGUGUUAUAUAGAGGAAAAUGUGGGAUGGGGAGGGUUUAUUUUGAUAUCUUAGCUAAGGGGGAGUGGGGGGAAGCCACAGUAACAUCACUGCUCUUGGGUGUUGGAUUGUGCACAAGUAGGCUGGAAAUGUGCCGGUUCUUCUAUGGCCAUGUUUGCAUGGAUAGUUUUUCUCGAGUUUGCUGAGCCAGUAGUGUCUGCACGGUGCCAUCCAUUCAGCCUGCACUGCAAUUGGGUAGGGGUGAUAUCAGCUUCCAUGUCUGUUCUUGAUAAAGUGAGGAUGCAGCAUUGCACUAUCAUGUUUUUAUCUGGUCGGCAAGUAACAACAAUGCAGAGAUGGCUUCUGUUGCCUUCCUACCUAUCGCUGUGCAUCAGACACCCUGUGGUUACUGAAGUGCGUCAGUAGAGCCAGUCUGUCCUCUUUAGACAGAUGAUUUCUAUAGAUCAAAACAUCUCCUUUAUAUGAUCCACCUCUGCUUCCCUGGUUGGCUGGUCUGGGUGUGGUCGAGUCCAGAGAGGUCACAAAAAGGGGUAUGUAAAGUAUUUCUGUGUCUCUAAAACCAACCUCAUUUCCACCUUGCCUUCACCAAGGGAAGAUGUCACUGUUCCCAAAGAAAAUCAUACACCUCUUUUUAAAAAUAAUGUUUGAGAAGCUUUGUGAUCAAGCUGGCCUCAAAGAAUUAUUAACUUUAAGGGAGAAAUGGCAAGGACAGACCCAACAGUGUGAAAAUUCACUUGGUUGGGAACAGAGAAUAGAGAAGGUGCCACAUUUCCAGACAUGAAGAGGUGCCAAACAUUCCAAAUUCCUGGGAACUUCACAUCUCAUAGCAGGUUUUUUUUUCUGUGCCACCUUCUCAAAUUUGUUAUGGAAAGCAGUCAAUUUACAUGCUGUUUGAUGCUAAUUAGUUCAUGUGAAUUAACCUUCACCCAGGCCAAAGAAAUGGAAAUCUAUGUUUCCUUGAUCAGUGUGUGGCAUCACCUGUUCUCAUGGGCAAUUCUCACAGCUGCAACAGACUCGCAGUUCCUCCUUGUUUUGCUGAUGAAUUAUUGGUGGGAGUUUUGCUGACCCCACUAACGGAUUUGUUAUUUGGGAUCUUUUAAUGUUUCACCUGCUAGAACACUGUGCGUGUACAGGAUUAUGAUCUGAAAAGGUAGGGCAGUGUCCGUGUCCUAGAGGUGUCAUCUAGUGAGAUAUCAUAGGCCAGGGUGCCCAACUUAUGGCACUCCAAAUGUGCGUGGACUGCAAUUCCCAUCAACUCCUGCCAGCAUGGCCAAUUGGCCAUCCUGCCAGGGGCUGAUGGGAAUUGUAGUCCAUGAACAUCUGGAGUGCCAUAGGUUGGCCACCCCUGUCAUAGGCUACCGUGUUGGUAUCUAUCCACCUAUGCAGUUCCUCUGGUGGAAUGAUAUUUUGUUUUGCGGAAAAGGAGAAAUGUGAUUUUCACCCUUCCCCUUCCACUGCAAACCCUCACUUUGCCCCUGUGCCACUACUGAGGGUCUGCUGAUGCCCAGAAACAAAAUUUCAAAGGGGAUUAAUAGGCUGCAAUGGAGCUGGAACAUGAGAAACUUCCACACCAGGAAGUUUUCAGCUGAUUGGAUGCGUGCCACUGUUUACAGUUCUGCCACCAUACAAAGAGCAAGGUGGACUAAGGAAUAGCUUCCUUGGAAGAAUCUCCCUAAAGAGAAAGAAAGCAUGCCCUCCUCCUGAGGCUAUACCAUUUCAGAAUGCAGCCUGGGCAUCACAACUUCAAAAGUUUCUCCAUGUUAGAAAUGCAAACAGAACUCCCUGCAUAUAGAAGAUUAAUGUCAUGGAGAAGGCAAUGCUGCAACACUUCUUCCUGAUGCUCUAGCUUUCCACAGGUUAAAAGCUUUUAAGAGAGUACAUUUCGAAGUGGGAAUGCUGAAGGAGGAGAGCAUCCUUUUAGAACAUAUGUAUAGAUCACUCCUGGGACAGUAUCAAAGCGAAAUUUCUUCAGGAUACCUGUACUAGAACUUGGCUGAUCCAUGACAGAAGGGCAAACCAUAAUGCUGCCAUGGAGUGACUGGGGUUCUGCAGCAGAUUUCUGGGCACUCUAAUCUAUAGGGCAGGAAGUGCUGGGCAUUGCACAAGACCUUGAGCAAGCAGGACUGCGCCAAGCCUGUUCAUGUUUCUGCUUGCACAUCGUUAGAUCCAAGCCUUUGUGAUUAAAAUAAAGUCUCUAAAUUUUCCACCAAGCUUAGCCAAAUUUUGCAGCUGAAUGUCUACAUCAUGCUGAACUCAUUUCCUUAUUUGCCUAAUUUAUCUUGCUUCUCCUAAUUGUGGAGACAAGCAAUUGAUCCAAGCCUCUCCCUCUGUUCUGGUAAAGAAUACUCCCAAUAUUUUCUACCCUUAAUCUUUGGGUCCUGCCUAGAAAUCCUACUCAGACCUACCUACCUCACAGAUCUCACUGGAGUUCCCUACCCUUCUGUCUAUUCACUAUUGAACCUGUAUUCCCUGUCUUUGGGUGUAGCUCAAUUUCAUCACAUCUCAGAAGCUAAGCAGGGUCAGUUCUUAGAAGGGAGACCACCAAGGAAGACUCUGUAGAGACAGGCAAUGGCACACCACCUCAGCUUCUCACUUGUCUUUAAAAGCCUUUGUUGGGGUUGCCAUAAGUUGGCUGUGACUUGACGGCACUUUUCACACGUUUCCUGCCUUCAUGGUUGGAAACUAAUUUCAAACUAUAUUUGCAGCCCUGGACAUUUUAAAGAGAAUUGUUCUGUUUUGUUUCACACCAAUUAAAAGUAAACUGAGCUUUGAACAAUUAUUGCCACUCCAACCAUAAUAAUAAAACCGAAGGAGUGGAGUUGCUUGUGUGGUAUAAUUCCAUUGUUCUUUUUCCCCUGAGGACUUUCUGGUAUCAGUUAAAGCAAAGGUGGGUGGCUUAAUGUUACCUGGUGCACUGGCAUGCCCCCCAGCUGCUUUUCUCCCUGACAGAUCAAAGAUUUUGGCCCCUUGUCUUUUUCAGGGAGAAAAGCCACCACGGAAGAAGUGAUUGUGAACAAAAAAAGGGGGAGGGAGUCUCUCCUUACCCCUUGCAUUCACCUACUCACAUUGGCUUUACCUGAUCAAAGAAAACCCUCAGGGAGAAUUAAGCUGUAGUUCUGCUCUGGGAAACUGUAUGAGGAGGUGCCUGCCCUGUCUUGUGCCCAGAGCAUAGUUUCGGUUAUGUAUCAAGAACUAUGAUGUAUAUCUGUAUGAGAGAGAGGCUUGGAUCCACUGAAGCAUUUCUGUGGGUGGAAGGAUUCACUCCUGCCUGCUAACUUGAGUUGGAAAGAGGAGAAAGUUGGGCUCUGUGAGCAAAAUCUCUCUGGUGGAUCCAAAUUGGAGUCUGCAUGAGAAUCCUUCUCCCCCACUGGGGAUGUUUCUGGUGCUGGACUUGCAAGCAAGACAUGAGCAUUAGUGCAAGUCUGCCUUGGCUUUUCCCCUGUAUCUUCUGCACUGACCAGCUGUCAUUUCUUUACAAAUCAGUAUUGACAAAGAAUGAAAAAUCACUGUCUCGUUGAUUUUUAAUUCCUGACCAAAGCCAUUCAUGCUGUUGUGGUUGAGGGAUGGAUGGUUCCUCUGGGACUCCCAUGGAUACAUCUGUGUGUGUUCUAGUGUUUGCCCUUCGGAUGGGUUUUUCCCCCUCAUUGAUUGACAGGCACUUACUGCAGCCUUCCUUUUUCUGGAGCUGAAGUGCAUGUCCAUUUUCAGCCUAUUUGUGGUGAAAUGCCCAUGUGGCCAAUUCUAACAGGGAUGACUUAUCCUUUGCAUACUUAGUUCCUGUGAAUUCAGUCACACUUAGUCCAAAGUAAUUGUGCACAGGAUUGCAAGGUAAAGAAGACAAAACAGGCAUGGAGAAUUUUGGUAGAUUUGUGCAUCAUGGCUUUUGGAUCCAGAUUGUCACUGACUCAGUUUACAAACACAAUGUACGAAACAAGGACAGGAGGUGUCCCAAUCCUGGCCAUUGCAACUCUACAUGGUAAAAAGUGGAUUCACAGAACUCUCCCUGUAUCUAAUGGCUAGACAUAUAGAACAUUUUACAGAACAAUCUGGGAUGGUCCCUAAAGCUAAUCAAUCUAGUGAGUUUAUUUGCUGUAUCUUUAGAAUGCACUAUCCCCCCCCUCCCCUUUCUCUUCAUAUGUUGAUUCAUUAACAGGCUACAUUGAGCACAGACGAAGGGGUAGAGAAACCAACACAGUUUUCAAUCCAUUUGCUGUUACAAAGGAAUCACUUUGAGUAAUGAUGUUCUCUAACUGUAAGAACAGAGAGAGGAUGCGCCAGAUAAUUAGUUGAAAUAAAAAUACCUCUUGUGUAGUGGAACUGCAGGUGUGCAGCAGCUGUUGGGAUUGUCCUUGUGUUGCAACCUGUGGAUAAGUUCCUGGCUUGUAGCAGGCAACUGAGUCCAUUCUAGAGGGAAAGCAACUGGCCCAAUUAAUAACUAGUAACAUUUUUUUAGACUGGGGAGACUUCAACUCUACAAGCAACAUUACUUAAUGCCUUUAGCGUAAAACCAGCAUUUCUUGGCGUAGAUGCCAGUAGUUAUUCAGAUACACGUGUAAUGAAGAAGCUUGGCAGAGGGAAGGGAAAGGCAACCAGGCACCUGUUAAUGGCUCUAGGAUUCUCUUAAGAGUUCAUUCCUGUGUUACUUCAAUUGCACUUAAUUGCAGAAGCAGAAAUGCCUCCUGCAUCCCCUGUCAGGUGUUACUUUAACUGCUGGGAAUCGGGAGCUUGUGGCAUGUUUUGCUCCUUCAAGUGAGCAUGCUUAAAAUAAUAUAGGAAACCAUUCUCCAUACGUACUGCAAGUCAAAAUGGCAAUAAUACACAGAGGGUGUGUAAGGAUAGGGCUAAAAGUGUUGGGAAUGAAGUCUGCUGUAGAGUGCAGCAAGCCUCAUGCCCUGAAAUAGAUCCUCAAUGUGGGACUCAAGAGUAUUGGGUCUCCGCCUUCAGGUCUGUGAACUCCCAAGCUAAACCUACUAAGCACAGCCUUAGCAUUACAGCUCAGUACACUGUUGACCCCAAGCCUAUGCGACUGAGCUGUUUUCUUUGGCAGAGCAGUGAGAUCCAUGCAAAUAUCACAUCUGUGGCCUUGUUCUCAGUCUGCAUCCCACUGUGUGAGUUCUUCAGUUACUGCUAGCAGGCAAGAGACUGGCAGCAAAGGGGUUGAGCUCUCGCCACCAAGCGCCUUACUGUGCUGGGAAAACAGACCUAUUGUCUGCCUGUCUGUUGCUGUCUUUCCACUUAUAGAGGCAGGCCUGUUCUCAUACAUAGAAGAGCAUAAUGCAAAGUAGGCACCAGCAGCUGACCACCUCCCCAGCUCAAGGCUAGACUGGCUUUUCUGGGGCAGCCCCUUUCUACUCUUUGCAUGAAUUUGUAUAAAGGGGGUGGGUAGGAUAUGAGGUUAAUUGUGCUUGCUAAUUCCUGAUGUAAAUACUUCCUUUUUAGGAUGUUUUUUAGCAUUUUCAUUGGAGGCUUUUUUUAAAAGAAAAGAAUCUUCUACUUUUUUGGAUUGUGAUUUUUUGGGUCAAUUUUUUUUACCAAUGUCUUUUAAUUAUUUAUAUAUUCUUAAAUUUUGACUUACUCUGUAAAUAGCUGUGCUGGUUUUUUUGUUUUUAAGUAUGGAAUUUAUAGAUUCUGGGACAUUUUGUCAUUAGCAAAUUGCAACCUUGUUAUCUCCUGCAAGAUGUCCUCCAGUGUCUGCCUGUGGCAUCCCUUUGCCACUAGUGCACCACUUACCAGUAUGUCUCAAACACCACAGUUGGGAUUUACUUUGACAACACAGCCUGAGGCAUAGACGACUUCAUUCUUUAUUGUCUCUCUGCUCUGAAUCUUGGAAGAAUAGAGUUUUGGCAAAAACUGGCCUCUGUUCACAAGCAUCCCCAGAGGAUAGGCCAUUCUAAAAAUGGUUUGAUCAAUUUUAAACAUGAACUAAUUCAAUUGCUUAAACUUCCCGCCAGCACAACUGGCUUAGGCAAUUGUGUCCUAUUUCCCCUUGUCUCUGAGGAAGGUUGUGUGUCCCCUAAUUGUACUUGGCCUGGGACUUCCACUCCUUUCCUUAUUGGCAUGCCCAAAAGAUCUGACAUACAAUUCGAUAAGUAAUUCAGUUCAGGCUGAAUGUCUGUCUAUCACCUCUUUCUCCUCCUGAUGUCUCCUUAUGUCAACACAGUGACUCUGUGUCAAGUGUGAAACCAGCCCAAUUCUUCAAGAUUGUGGAAGCCACAGCAGCGUUCCAUGUUGAAUGAGAGGGAACUUCGGGAAGCUGCAGUUUUCAGUACUCGUGGAGGGCGCUUACCCCUUUCUCCUUUUGUCAUCUUGUUUGCAGGUCUUUUAAUAUUUACACAUACACAUCUGGGAUAAUGUGAGGGGAAACAGCUGGGAUGAUUUGAGGCAGAAAAACAACCAAGGAACAGCAUAAAACAUCCUGUCGCCUGCUGCUCCUCCACUUAAAAUUGCAGAUUUCCCAGGUUGCUUUUUAUUCAUUUCUUAAGAAUAAGAAAAAAUAUGGGAACUUUAUUACAGGUAUUGGCUUGUAACAUCUAGUUUGACCCUGACACUGGCUUUCUUAUAGCAAGGGAGAAGUAAGAGGACAUUUCAGCUGACAAAGGCUUGCAGUGGUCACCUCUCACUUCUCAGAAGACUGGUCUACCUUCUUCAGGCAGUAAAAUCUUUUCUUUUUUCAUACAGUGAGCUCAUUUGUAUGAAACAAUUCCCAUGUGAAAAUGAAAAACUCAUGAGGAGUGUUGUGGGUUUUCCGGGUUGUAUGUUCCAGUAGCAUUUUCUCCUGUUGUUUCGCCUGCACCUGCGGCUGGUAUCUUCAGAUAUGUAAUGAGGAAUGGUAGUUUUCAAGUAUUCUUUGUGAUGCAGUGAAUUGUCAUUUUCUUUCUCAUGAGAACUUUUAUUAUAGUUUCUCAUGUUUGAACUGAUGCACUGAAUUCAGUAUGUGGCACCUCUAAAAAUAACAGUCGGGGACUAUGCAUUUUUUUCCACAGACUUGAAAAUAGGGUGAUAAAGCCAUGGAAUGAACAAAUGUAUCAUUUUUUCAGUCCCUUUAUGGUCUCCAGUCAAAUCAACUUUGGAGAUUUUUGAAGCACUUGAAAAAUUUGUUUGGAACAAUACUGCAGUGAAUUUUUAAAAAUUGCUCAUGCAUAUUGCAAGUCUUUAUCAUACUUUUUCAGAUCUCUGAAAGAUCUUGCUUGAACCCGCAUUCUGUAUUUCUUGUGUUUUCCAAACAGCCCCAUGUGUUUCUUUGUUGCUUCACAUCAAAAGUAGCUUAUUCUGCUUUUAAUAAAUUGAUUUUCAGAGUCUUUUAAUGCAAUCCAGCUGUGAGGGGAACUAGAGAAAUAGACCCCAUGAAUUUGAGGAGAACUUCUCUUUCAACCUUCACAUUUUAGAUCUCUGCUUUAGGCAGUGAUGGUGAGGUCAGAGCUGCAAGAAAGAUAAAACUUCAAAUGGAUUCUGAAGUAACUCCAGUCUGAGCCCCUAACAGGUGACCAUAGUCCCCCAAGGAGAGCUUUAUCUCUUCGAGAUGAUUUGGUAAUUGUUAGAAUUAUCCUGUGAAGUAGUAAAUAAAGUGUCCCAUGUCUCCCACCUGUUUUCCUAUCAUUAUUUUCCCAUGCUUCUGCGGGCCCCUGUCUUUUAACUUUCUACUGUUGCUUCCCUUUUUCCUCUGGUUCUUUAAUCCUCAUUUGUCUCUGACCAUUCCAUCUCCCUUUCUCCCUUAAUGUUUUCUGUUCCUCCUCCCCAUGAACAUCCUACUAUCUUUUCACCAGUUCUUGUUGCUGAAUCUCUAUAUGGACAGGAAUGGUCUAAAGCUGAUUCAUCACAUGAGCUUUCAUUACUUGAUGAUCUUGGUGUCAACUUGGGGCUUGCAAGUAGGUAUAUCUGUUUGUUUUGCUCUUGCAGUUUGCAUGGUUCUGUCCUGUGGAAGACAUCACAGGUUGAAUACCAGUGAUAGAAUUGUUGUAUCACCUGAAAGUGCAGACAGCAAUGAACAGAGUUCUGGUUGUGCAACAGAGCUUUCCUGCCCCUUUUCCCCUGCCUUUACACCUCAUCUGCAGCUAUUCCUGCUGGCAGGAUGAACCUUGGAAGAUGGAAACCUGAGAUUCCCUCCCCUGUUCAUGCAAAAGUGCCUUUCACUCACUCAAAAGGAGCUCUUUACUGGAGUCAGUUCAUGCUUUCAGCAGUAUUUCAUCACGUGUUGCAUAUGCCUAUGUGAACUAGGCUGUCAUCCAUCUUUUUAAAACCGUGGCUGCACUUUUUCCGGCUGUAGUUAGCUGGUUGGUUGCCAGCUGACUGGUUUAUACCAUUCCAGGAGAAAAUUCAGCAGUAUGAACUGGUUUCCAGCUUUGUGUUAUUUUGAUUCUUUUGGGCUUUCUUGUUACUGUGUUCUACUUCUGCAAAAUUCCCCCAUAAUUCUCUGACACUUGUGCCCUCUCUCUCCAUGCAGAUUGCCUGCAGCAUGCGAAGGCUGUAGCAUUUUAAAGUUUAUAGAACAACCUCCCCCCUCCCUGUCCCAUCAACAGCAUAUAUGUUCACACACUGUUAUUUCAAGAGGUCUGUAUAAAAUUAGUUAUCUUUCCAUCAUUCAUUUUCUAGCAAAGCUGUGGUACACAGGUUACAUUUCCCCAGCAUUUAGUCUACUGCAAAGUUGUAUAUGAAGUAUAAUUUUGCCUCUUUGUUAUGUAUAUGAUGAUUGAAUUUUCCAAUUAUUACUUAUAAUUUCCCAUUUAUUACUUUGCCAUAUCAACAGUUUUCAUUGAUUUUACACCUCUGAUAUUCUUCCCAUCUAUCAUCCCUUGAACCUGGAUUGACUCUCUCCCCCAUUACCACCUUCUAGUCAUCAGUAGGCUCUUGUCUUCUCAGUGCUUUCCCCCAUGUUACUUUUGAAAUUGCUCCAUCCAUCUUCCAGCUCUUGUUCUCCACCCUGGAUCAUUCCCUCCAUACCUACUUUUUAUCUCUUUCACCUGUCAUUUCCUAACCUGUUCCUAUGCCUCUUGGUUAGUUCUGUACUAUGUAUUCACAAUAUUGUGUCUUGCUGUUCCUUCUGCUUGGGUCCUGAGCAUUUCCUUUUGCACGUUUGCCACUCCACACCUCCAUCUAUGUAUUUCUGGUUCCUGUGAGUAAUUCCACAUUAGGUCUGUCACUUUAAUACCAACUUGUUUACUUGGAAGCUUGUCAUAAUCAUUCUAUUUCCCCUUUUUUGGUCUAUCCCACUUCUUAAUAGCAUUAGAUCACUGGUUCUCAACCUGGGGGUCGAACGACCCUUUCACAGGAGUCGCCUAAGACUCUCUGCAUCAGUGUUCUUUAUCUGUAAAAUGGAUAAAUGUUAGGGUUGGGGGUCACCACAACAUGAGGAAAUGUAUUAAAGGGUCACGGGAUUAGGAAGGUUGAGAACCACUGCUUUAGAUGCUCAGACAGAACAUUCUUUGUCUCCUUCAACCAUUCCUUGGUUCCUGCCAUAGACAUAAUAACCUGUCUCCCGUGUUUUAUUUAUUGAAGAGAUUUCUACUCUGCUUUUCUACUUUAAGAGCACUCAAAACAACUAACAAGCCAAUGGGCUGGAUUCAGCAACUCCCUUCUGCUAGGUAAGGGGGCUUGCUCCAGUGGGAGGAAGGUUCCAUGCUUUGCAGAAAGGAGUGGUUGGGUCCAACCCAAUAAAAACAAAAAAUAUUAAAACCAGCCACAAAACUUUGUAUUUCAUAUGUCAUUAAGAGCGUAGGUUAAAAAAAAAGGAAUCUGGAAUCUAAAUGAUGCUAGCAUGCGCAUCAGGCAUAUCUGAGUUAGGAGGAAGUUCUGCAAUCACCACCACCACCACCACCACAGAAAAGGCCCUCUCUAGUAGUUACACGUAGUAGUAGCUGCAGAUGUGAAGGUAGCCUGAGAAAAGUCUCCAGUGAAGAUGGGUAAUUGCCAGGCAGGUCCCAUGUGCUCCUUCGGUGCAUCUGAUCCCUGCUUGUUUUCUCACUUCCCAUCCCAAAACUUUUGCUUUUCUGUCUCCCUGUUCUGAUCUUUGUCUGCUUUUGCCAAUUGCACAGUAUCCUGCUCCUCAUUUCAUUUUUUGCCCUGAGUACUGUUGUCCUUGUCUCACUGCCUUUCUCUAUCGGUUGGCUCUCCUGUCUGCUAACUCCUGGCUGAUGGUGCAGUCCUAAGCAAGGUUUCACUCUUUUUAGUUCUUUGCUAUCAGAUAGCUUGACAAAGUACAUCUCCAGCCUUAUCAUGUAUCAUAUUGUUUUCAUCUGGCCUCACUUCUAAGUCAUUCUUCAGCAGAUGGUUCCCACAUUAUUCUGUCUGUUUUACUGUUUAUAGUUCUGCACAUCUCUAGCUUUUUCUGUGGCCUGACUAAGUCUCAAUGUGCUUCUUCCACAGUUUCCUAUCCUUCUUCAGCGCUCACAAUUCCUGCCUCUUCUUGUUUCCCUCUGUGCUUUGCCAUCUUGAGGUCUUCCCUAACUGUCAAAGUUCCACAUGGUUCUCUCAGUCUUUUUAAAGCCUUGUUCACAAGUAUACUGCUGAGGCCCCCUUUUUCUUAUUCCUCCAUCAUUUUGUUAUUGCUGCUUCAGUUGUGACACUGGUUCCAGCUGCUUCCACAGUUUGCUGAAAACAUACAAAGAGGCUGUCACCUUUUGUGAUUUGCUCUUCUUCCUGUAUGAGAUCUCACACAAUGCUGAUAUGUGGUUGCAUCUCUGAAUGUAACCUUAGGUGUACUGGGAUACAUCCUCUCCAUUCAUUUCAGAUUGUCUUCCAAUAGUGAUUGCGCUUUCUCCCCUCCAGUUUGUGCUUCUCUGUCUACUGUUCUUCACUGCUUGAUUCCAGAUCAUAAGAACACUACGCUGUUUAUAUCGGGUGCGCUGUGCUGUACAAUCUGUGCAAAGGGAGAGGCAUUCUCAGAUCAUCUUCCUCACACAGAAUGCAGUGUUAUUCUUGGCAUUCCUCUACAAGUUAUUAUGUGUAGGAGGCAGGCAUCCUUUUCUCUUUAGAAAGCCACAUGCCCAAAAUAGUGCUGUCAAUUAGGGUUGAUUCUCUUUUUAUUUGGUCUGCUGGAGAUGCAUGCUUGAGUCCACUGUGCAUGCAUGCCCCAGCAAAUGUGAAGAGUGUGCAUAUGCAAAACAAAAUUGUGACUCAAUUCUUUCUUAGUUGUUUUUCAGAAUAUUUUUUUUUAAUUGUUUUACUACUUUUGUAAUAAAGUUAUGGAAACCAUGGGGUUGUUUGUGGCACAAGAACAGACCCUUUGUCAGUUCACAAUUAGGACUCCAUAGGGACUACUGUUCUCCUUUGAGGAAAGACAUUGCCUAGUGCCUUGCUAGUUUCUUCCCAAAUUGGCUCAGAUUUUCUUGCUGGAACGUGGGCAUAAGAGCCCAAGUUCUGGGUGCCACUUAUAUUCCAGCUCUUCUUUCAAUGGGAAAACACCCACCACCAUCUUCACUGUUGUAUUCCUGAAAUUCAUCCUGCUGCAUUCCCGAGACAUGAACUGUUCCACGUGGAGUUGCACAUUCUCCAUCUGGCAGCCUUGUUCCCAGUCAAUGCCUUUCUUCGCUAAGAGGACUGUAAAUAUUUAUUUUGGGUUUGGCCAUGUCUUGUUAGUGUUAUAAUAAAGGGUUUUUAUUUUAUUGUAUUUUAUUUUUUCAAGUGUUUAGGUUAAAAUGUUCAGUCUGGUCAAAUUUCCCUGGGGUAACUACCUAUAUUAAAAAGCAAGUGGAACUAAUCACAGUGCCCCCAGGCUGGGUUGUUGUUUUUUUACUCCACUUUCUCAAACUCUUGUAUAUUGUCCUGGGGCUUUUUACACAGAAUUGUUGUAGAAAACAAGAAUCUAAAAGUCUGUUAAGAGAGCCAUUACAAAUAAUCUCUAUUAAAAA